CGGAACAGAAGAAGAGAGCAAAACUUGGUGAUGUCAGCUUCCCGAUGGACGUUGAUGGAUCUACCGUCGUAUCUGUCGUCAUCGUGGGCAUUCCGGUGGCCGGAGGUGAAUCUUUCAUACCUGAGCUCUGGUUGGAACAUGAGAUUGUUGUCGUUGUCGGGUAAUCUCUCCAUAAUCGAUGAUCUUUUGUGGAGUUUUGUCUCGAUCGUUGAAUCUUUAGCUAUCGUUACUACGAUCUGUUGCUUCUUCUUGUUUUGUGGUUGUACCCUUUAAUUCCUUCUUUUUUUUCAUUAUUUGAUUUUCUAUAUUUAGUUCCGAAUUUAUUAACCAAUUAAAAUCUCUGUAAAUAAAAUAAUCAAUGAAUUUCGGGACUUUUCUAGCAUUUUCCUUA